AGGUAAAAAUGCUUGGCUUGAGAUCAGUUGUGAUACUUUUCAUGUGCGUUCUCGAAGCAAAUGGAGUGCGUAAUGUUUUUCCAAUGGUAUGUGCACAGCCUAUCAGUGUAGGUUCCCCCACUUGUGAUGAAGACGUAAGAGCUUCAACGCGGUACGCCUAUGACAGCGAAUUGGGACAGUGUACUCCAUUCAAGUACCUUGGUUGUGGAGGAAAUUCAAACAACUUCAAGACAAAAGAUCGCUGUGAGCGAUUCUGUCAACCAUCUGUUUCAGCCAUGAAUAUGGCAGACAGAGUGCUUCCAAGUCGUCGUCUAUGCUUCUACAUGCUAGAUCACGGGACAUGCGAUAAAGAACUUGUUCGCUAUGGUUACGAUGCAUUAUCUGGCGCUUGCACUCAAUUCAAAUACAAUGGAUGCGAUGGAAACGAUAACAACUUUGUGAGCAUGGCAGCAUGCAGGGCGGCGUGCGAAGUUCCAGGAGAUUUCGAUACUUUAUUUGAAGCACCACAAGGGGAAGUGAAACAACAACUGGGGAUGAGAAACAAGAUUCGCCUACCGAGCAAGGUGAGACUGCGGCCAGUUCUUGAAGAAAAUUAAAUCAAAGUGACUUCAAUAUAUAUCAAGAAUUGCUUGUGACAGCUGAGCUCCGCGAAU